AUAACAGAAGAAGUUGUUGAAGAAGAUGUACCCGAAGAAAAUGACGAAGUGGAAAAGGAACAAGCUGAGGAAAAUGAAGAUGAUGAAGAAGAAGAUAAAACUACUGAAGAUGCCCAAGAAGAAAAACCCAAACCAAGACUCUUUUUGCCCAACCUUGUGCCACCUAAGAUUCCAGAUGGAGAAAGGGUCGACUUCGAUGACAUCCACCGUAAACGUAUGGAGAAGGAUCUCUUAGAGCUGCAGACUUUAAUUGAAGUUCAUUUUGAGAACAGGAAGAAAGAUGAAGAGGAAAUAAUUGCUUUGAAGGAAAGAAUUGAAAAACGUCGAGCAGAAAGAGCAGAGCAGCAUAGGAUUCAAGCGGAGAGGGAGAAGGAACGCCAGUCAAGGAUCGCGGAGGAAAGAGCCAGGAAGGAAGAGGAAGAGUUGAGAAAGAGAGCAGAGGAAGAAGAAAAGAAGAAAAAAACCAUGUCGCAUAUGUCCUUGCACUUCGGAGGCUACAUGCAAAAGACUGACAGCCGUAGAGGUGGAAAGAAGCAAACUGAGAGGGAAAAGAAAAAGAAGAUCCUGUCGGAAAGACGCAAAUCUCUGGACAUUGAUAACCUGAAUGAGAAUGAACUGAAGGAGAAGAGCAAAGAGCUGUGGCAAUGGAUGUACCAACUAGAAGCAGAAAAAUUUGACCUACAGGAAAAAAUGAAACAGCAGAAAUAUGAAAUAAAUGUACUGCGAAAUCGAGUUAGCGAUCAUCAGAGCAUUUCUAAGGGUCUCCGCGGCAAGGGGAAGGUCUCGGGCAGAUGGAAGUAGGCGAAGCAUUAAAACACCAUGGACUGUUGAAGUGAGGAGAACCUGUGUCAUAUGUCUGAUAAAUCAUCUCAUAAUUUUAUAAUCUACUGUAAUAUCAUCAGUUAACCUGUUAAUCUCUCAUUUUUAGCUUAUGUCUAAACUCUCACCAAAGACUAUUCCGCUGCUUUUUGUAUUUAUCAUAACUUUUGAUGCUUUAGUGUAAUUGUAACAAUAAAAGCUUUUAUUCAGGAA